AUGACAUCUUGUCCGAGGUUCAGUCGAAAGGUCUCGGAGUGCGAGUCCAUUAUCGCAUAUGAGUUUAAUUCUAAGUCUCUCUGCGCACAAGCACUGAACACAGCCGCCGGCGCGUUGUCUGUUUGUGCUUUGAACGGUUCUUUCAAGCAAAUGCCCAAGAAUGAUCGACUCGCUGUAUACGGCGACGCUGCAGCUGCAGCCCACUUGUGCAGCCUCUGGAUCAAUCGAGGACUCCCGAGGCCUGGUAGUCGAGAUUGCUGGACCACGCUCCGUCGCGACCUGAUCAGCAAUGAUAACCUGGCUAGAGUCGGCAGGGGGCACGGCCUUCACAAGUGCAUCAACAUGAAUGGAGGAACUACCAGAGUCAGUUAUGGGAUGGUCGCAACAGCUGUCGAGGCCAUUCUCGGGGCCGUCGAAAUUUACGACUGUCGCGAUACUCUCGCUCGGGUCAUGUAGCAUCUUGGUCUCAUGGAACCUGCUC